AAAUAGAAAGCGCUCUAGACACAAUAUUAUUGUACACAUUUUAAAUAAAGUCUAUGAAAUGAAUGUGUACCGACUGAGGGGUAUACUGCAAUUCGUUUCACACAGAUAUAAAGUGGUACAAGCAUGCCUACACCGCUAAUGAACUGGUGAACUGGUUGAGUUGACUUCCUUUAGAAAGCGAUGAUGCUAUUCAGCAACCCGCAGUACUGCGGUAAAUGAGCGGAAAUUGCGUAUCUCCCUCAGUAACCCAGUCUCCCUACGCAGAAACACUAAAGUCCUUCCGCGUUUCAGACGUGGCGCCGGAGCUCAUUCAGCAGCCAGCUUCAUUCACAGCCCUGGCUUUCAUACUCAUCUCUCAGCUGGUUGUGUUCCAGACCCUUUGCUUGAACCAUGUGGAAGAAGGCUGCUCUAGUGGCAUUGCUGGCCCUUGCAGUAGGUUACCUCUAUCACACAAACCCCAAGCUUCAGGAGCGUGUGGUACGUCUCAUCACCCAGUCCAUCCCUCAGUCACUACUGUCCUCACAGCAUGAACGUAGUACUCCAAACCUGGAAGAGACCAUCUCCCGAGCCUGGGACGCCCUCAUCACUGCACCCGCAAGGCAAUGGGGUCGAAUCGCUGUCGGGGUAAAUGCCUGUAUUGACGUAGUGGUGUCAGGCGUCAGCUUGCUCCAGGCUUUGGCUCUUGACCCGGGAUCCGGACAUGACCACGACGUGUUGCACUCCAAAGAGGACCUAAAAGAGGCCUUUAUUCACUACAUGGAAAGAGGAGCAGCCGCAGAGCGUUUCUUCUCGGAUAAAGAAGUCUUCCAAAGGAUCGCAAGGGCCGCUGCUGAAUAUCCUGGCGCUCAGGUGUAUGUGGGAGGAAAUGCCGCUCUGAUUGGCCAGAAACUCGCCUCUUACCCAGAGCUGGUGGUUCUUUUGUGUGGCCCUAUUGGGCCUAAGCUGCAUGAAUUGCUGGAUGAACAGAUAGUUGUUCCACCACAAUCACUUCAGGAGACUGAUGAGUAUCACCUCAUCCUUGAGUAUAAGGCAGGAGAGCAGUGGGGAUCGAGUCAGGCCCCUCAAGCCAAUCGCUUCAUCUUCUCUCAUGACGUGUCCAAUGGGGAGAUGAGCACUUUGGAGACCUUUGUGGCAAGUCUAGAGGAGUUUCAGCCCGGGCUGGUGGUGCUGUCUGGACUCCACAUGAUGGAGGGAAUGGGGCGUAAGCUUUGGGAGGACAGACUCAAAGAGUUUGCGGUUGCCCUCUCUGACGUUCGCAAUGAGGCGCCCGUCCAUCUGGAGCUGGCCAGUAUGACUGAUCGAGAUUACAUGAGCAUCAUCACCAGGGAGCAGGUCUUGCCUUUGGUGGACUCGAUCGGCCUGAACGAGCAGGAGUUGCUCUUCCUGUCUCAGGCUGCUGGAGGUCCUCACUCUGACCUCCGCUCGUGGAACGGCGUUCCUGACGUGGGCCGCGUCUCUGAUAUCCUCCUCUGGAUCCUAGAUCAGUAUGGCCGAGCCGACCUGCACUCUGAAGCCCAUCUGACCCGCAUCCACUUCCACACACUCGCUUAUCAUGUGCUGGCCACGGUUGACGGCCACUGGGGGAACCAGCGUGGAGCCGUAGCGGCCGGGGCUCGCAUUGCCAGCGCUCAGGCUUGCGGAUUACGAGCUGUGGACGUCAGUAAGGUGGAGCUGAAGGCUCCGCUCAGCUUCUACAGCUCUUUCUCAGAACCGAAACAGGGCUUAGUUUUGGACCCGUUCAAUCCGGUGACGGUGUGGCGAAGGGGGAACGUGUCCUUCCAUCUCAGUCCAGUACUCGUAUGCAAACAGCCGCUGCGGACAGUAGGGUUGGGGGACGCGAUCUCAGCAGAAGGACUCCUCUACUCGGAGAUUGUGCCCCAGCUGCAGUCUGAUGAGUGA